AUGCAGCAAUUUGUUGGAAAGGAGCAACCACCAACAGCUAGGGUUGAACCUCGAGUGUGGAAUGGUAAGCCUGGUGAUAGGCACCAAUUCAAGUGCAUUACUACUGGAAUCCCCACACCGACGGUCCAUUGGUCUGGUCCUAAUAACACUCCCCUACCUCAUGAUGUUACUGAGUUGGAUGGAAACAUCUUGGACUUCUCUAAUGGACGAACUGAGCUGAAUGGAGACUACACAUGCACGGCUACCAAUCCUGUUGGAGAG